GGCGACUGCUCAUAAAUUCUGUCUGCCUGCCAGGCCAGCUGAGCCGGCCCACAGUCUGAGCACAGUUGUGACCGCACAAUCGAUAGUACUACACGUCAAGUCAACAUGUCCAAAGAUAACCUCACCGCGCUUCUUUACAAACCGAAGGAUCUUAAAUUGGUACAAACACCUAUACCAGAAAUAUCAGAAGAUGAGGUUCUUUUGCGGAUGGACUGCGUGGGCAUCUGCGGCUCGGACGUCCACUAUUGGCAAACUGGACAAUGCGGUCACUUCGUCCUCAAAGAACCUAUGAUAAUGGGACACGAGGCUUCCGGAGUUGUAGCAAAAAUCGGUUCCAAAGUGAGGAACCUGAAGGUGGGUGACCGCGUGGCCAUCGAGCCCGGUGUGCCGUGCCGGUACUGCGAGUUCUGCAAGACGGGCCGCUACCACCUGUGUCCUGACAUCGUCUUCUGCGCCACACCGCCAGUGCACGGGAACCUCGUUAGAUACUACAAGCACGCUGCUGACUUCUGCUAUAAACUACCUGACCACGUAUCAAUGGAAGAAGGAGCACUCCUAGAGCCACUGUCAGUAGGCGUCCACGCGUGUCGCCGCGGGAAGGUGACGGCGGGAGACCACGUGCUGGUGCUCGGCGCCGGGCCCAUCGGCCUCAUGAUCCUACUGACCGCCAAAGCGAUGGGGGCCAGCAAAGUACUCAUCACAGACGUUCUUCAAUCCCGUUUGGACUUCGCCAAGAAGAUGGGCGCCGACAGCACCCUCCUGGUGAAGCCUGACUCCAACGAGGCGGAGCUCGUGAAGAAAGUGCACGAGCUGCUCGGCAACCACCCUGACGUCUCACUGGACGCGUGCGGCGUGUCCGCAACCACUCGGCUCUCGUUACUGGCGACCAAAUCCGGUGGUACGGUCGUGAUAGUUGGCAUGGGGGCGUCAGAGCUCACCCUGCCGCUGGCUGCAGCGGUCGCCAGGGAAGUCGACAUCAAGGGGAUCUUCCGAUAUGUUAACGAAUACCCGAUAGCACUGUCGAUGUUGGCCAACGGUCAAGUGAACGUGAAACCGCUGGUGAGCCACCACUUCGACAUCGAGCAGACUCUGGAGGCGUACGAGAUCGCGCGCCGCGGCACCGGCAUCAAGGUCAUGAUCCACGUCCAGCCGAGGGACACCAACAACCCUAACAAGUUCUAGUGACUCGGGUACCAUAUCUGGUCUUUGUUUAAUUUGAUACAGUUAUCCAUAUGCUGCGAACCGGUUGUCAAAAAUUUAUAAUCGAUGCAUCGAUUAUUUCAUAUAUCGAUGUCAUACUAUUGAUAGUAUCGAUUAUAGUAUAGUGACGUAUAAACCAUCCAGUGUUCAUAUCGAUACAGUAAAGUUUCCUUAUUCACGCUUACUUUAUUCACGUUUUUUUCACGACUUUAAAAAUUUGUGACCUAUUUCCUAUAUUCGCUAAAGAUUUCUUUAUUUGCGGAUCUAAUCGGUACAUAUUAAUAAAAAAGAUUUGGUUUUCUUUGUAAACGCGUCGAUAAAUGGACUAAUAAAAAAUUAAAACAGACCUACAUAACUGCAUCUAAAAUGUGUUGUCAAAUGCUGUCGCCGCUGUAUAAAUGCUUCGGCUUUCUAUAUUCACGGUUUCUGUAUUCGCGGCAUAUUUACGGAACGUAUACACCGCGAAUAAAGAGGUUUUACUGUACUAUCGAUUAAACAUUCCGAUUAAUUAAUCAUAAUCGAUUAUAUAAUCGAUUUUCGGAUUAUAUGUGGCCCUAGCUGAACAAUAGAUAGGUAUUACAACUGAAAAUAGUUUAGUUUUUAAUUUUGCUCCAAAAUAUAUUAUUUCACUCGUAACAAUUUGUACAUGGGACCAAUACAAGAGUAGACCCUUUCAAUUGAGCAAAAAAUCGUCAAAAUUGGUUUAAAAUCACCAAAGAUAUCGCGUAACAUGCAAACAUCUUUAUUUUUAAAGUAGCUCAGAAACAGUCGGUCAUAGUCGAGUUAAGUAAUUAAUCAUUAGUAGGUAUAAUUCUCUAUUCAUAGAACAGCUCUAAAGACUAACUGCGCUUGCCAACUCGCCUGCCAAGCGUGUCAACUGCUGGCAAAACCCCCCAAGGGGGAGGCUUAUGUUCAGCAGUGGACUGUUAAAAGCUGAUAUAUGAUGAAGCAUAACUCCUUACUUAUCCACAUUAUGUCUUUGAUCACUCCUUAUUGGUGGCUCUAAAGAAUGACCACUAAAAAGGUAAAAAAAUAAACCUGUCGACUAACUAGUUCUACCAAUAA